CUCAUGACUUUGUUGUUCCUUUGUUCUUUAUAAUUUUUAAUAUUUUUUGCAACUCUGCUUUUUGCACAAGUUGCAUGUUCCUUUUGUUGCAUGCAAAUGGCCAAGGCAGGGCAAGCAAAAUUUUCAUUAAAAAUAAAUAAAAUAACUCCCAAGAAGUUGGUCCAUUUGCGCGAAAAAGAAGAUCGAUCAGUCGUCAACCAUGAAAACGCCAAGCAGGAGGAGACUUCCGGUGGAAGCCACAUAACUUACGUGAAAUCUGUAGUCAGUACAGUGAGCACCCGUAGUCAUAGUACGGAUUCCGAUGAGCAUUUCGCAUCUACGUCGGCAAGUGCCUGGAGUAGUUCAGUACCCAUUUCCUUCUCCCAGCGAAAAAUGCCCAAUAAAUUGGCGAAAUCUAUCGGCAAAAAGAAGGUUCGCAGCUCGGCGAUCUCCAUAAGUUCGGUAGCCCCAAAAAAGUCUAGAAGCACCAUCAAGAAAAAGUUAUCUAAUAUAGAAGAGCCGUUUCAUUUAUAUAAGCUCAAGAAACUGGAAGCCAUCGAUGAAGCUCAGCUAGAAAUAUUCCAUUCCAAUCUGCACAUAAAUAGCUCCACCGAAAGCGUGGAGAAAACGACUGAUCAGAGUGAAGGCGAUAAAAUUGAACCUGAAGGUGGAAAUACGACUGAACACGAAGACCAGAUGAGUGUAUCCUCCGAUUCGAACAUAAGGAUGCGCUUCGAAUUUCUCCAAGCCCUCAAGGACAUACCUGAUUGGGACGAACUUGCUGCUAGCAGGACCAUGUAUCAGAAUCAGGGCAUCGAUAAGGAGAAUGUGGAAAAGCAGCGGGAGCAGGGCGUGGAACUAGAAGAGCUACGGAUUCCAUUGGCCCGCAGUUCGUUGGCCUCUUCAGUGGAUAGCCUCGUUCCCAACGAGUCCACUUGUGAAGCACUUCCUUCGAGAAACAAUGCCCAUGUGCACAGGUCGACCCCAUCUCCCUCCGGACUGGAAUCUGAUGACGAAAGCGAUUGGGGAUCGCAGGGCAUGCCAUACAAUCCGAGUCACGUGCCCACUUUCAAGGACAUGUCUUCGGGGUCCUGGACCUCCACAUCUAGUCCCAAGCUUAUACGUUCGACUUUUCCCGUCGAUCAGUUGGUCCAGAGAUAUCUGGAUGGGCUUAUUGAAAAAGUAGUCGACGUAUUAGUUAAUACGGACUAUUUGCGGGAGAAAAAUCUAGACAAAAGUAAGCUACUGGAUCGCCUUUUCCAGGAAGUCGACGAUCACCACGGGCAGAGAUACUACAACGAUUUACUGACCAAACGCCUAACCGAACACCACCUACGCCGAUUUAAGUACUCCCUUGUAACGCCGAGCACUAGUUCCUCCAUCGAUGAAGCCCAUCGCAGGCGGUACUUAGGUGCCCUAAACGAACUGGAUCAUUGGCUCCACAGGGAACGGCAGGCUGAGGAGAUUCACCUGGCUGAAAAGGAACGACUGCUGGCGGAAUUGGAGCGGAUGCAACUGGAGGGCAACGAGAAGGUCGAGAGGAUGGAGGACAUCUUUAGAAAUACUAUUUUUCGGGACACCCAACCUUCUGAACGCCUUCGAUUUGUAACUGAAACCGCUCUACAACAAAUGAGAAACAAACGCGAUGCGAUGUCUGCUAUACGGAUGAUCUUGAUCAUAAGGCAGCAUAACAAUUCCUACAUCAAACAGAAACUCGAUGAAAUUGAGGCCAAUUCUGAAGAAGUCAAAUUGGAAACCUAUCUAUCCGCCGAAAACGACGUUCAGCAGAUGGUAACCACUGUAAAAAAUAAAAGCGCUGAGCUGCAUCGAAUGUAUACCCUGGUGAAAACCAAAGUUCAUACCAUUUCGCAUCUGAGGUGUCGACGGAAACUGCUGAAUCGCAAGUUCAAGGAGGCCAAAGAUGAAUUACGAAAAAAGCAAGAGCAGCACAUAGCAUUGCGCGAUGAAUUAUAUAGUUGCAAUCUGACGCAUAACAAACUUCUUGACCAGAUCAAAGAAGUUCGCCAUAAGGGUGGCAUUAUGUGCUAUCCCAAGUUGUUGGCCGAUUUCGAUCGAACCGAGGAGUUUAUUGCCAUUAAGCAGGGACGUGUUGAGGAAUUAAGGAGACAGCACGACAAUUUGCUGGAGAAAAUCGCCAAGAUCGAAUUAAAGAUUCUAGAAUCUAAAAUGGGUGCAUGCAUCAUUGCUGACUCUGAUUAAGUUAUAAGAAGCAAGGUGUCUUGGCCGAAAAAUAAAUCAAACAAAUCUUCAACAUGUA